AUGACAAGAAAACUUGAAUUUAAUAACUAUGAACCCGUAGAUUUACUUUUAAUUUUAGUUGCGGCAGAUGAAAUGAAUAUUGAAGGAAUUGUAAAAUAUUUAUUACAACAUUUAAUUGACAAUUAUCAAGAUUACUUGCUUAAAGAUCCUUUACAUACCUCAAAAUGUAUAACUGGUAACAUCUCACGAGUAGAUCCUGGAGAAUCGGAUAGAGCUAUUUUAUAUAAUAGGAAGUUUGGUCCUAGUUUUGGUGGUGCUCCUAACCUUGCUUUAACCAAUAAUCAAGUAUAUUGUUAUAAUUCUAAUGCUUAUCCUGGUUCGGAAUCUUUUAUCUCCGUAGGUCUGACAGAGAUGGCAAAUUAUGAAGUAUUUCAAAUAAUAGAAAUUAAAAAUCAUUAA